AUCCGUGAAUUACGAUUUUGUGUCUUAUUAACUAACUACUACUUCUCAAAGCUUAUUAGCUCAGUAGCUUAGCAUCUGAGAAGAAAAAACCAGAGCUUCUCUUUCUCUCUCGUUUCGUCUGUGUUAUGGCAUUGACUGCUUCUUUUGCGCCAUUCUCCAUUCCAGGUGGCCAUGUCAAGGCAUCUCAGGAGCUAUGUUUAACAAAGCGUAAUUGUUCUGGGCUUGGAUCUGGGCCUGAGAAGGUGGAGGUGGAGGUGUGGAUUUUCUUGCUGGAUUUCUUAUGGGAGGUGCAAUUCUUGGGACUGCAGCUUAUAUCUUUGCCCCCCAGAUCAGAAGAUCUCUACUAAAUGAGAACGAAUAUGGGUUUCGCAAGGCAAAGAGACCAGUGUAUUAUGACGGAAGAUUAGAGAGGACCAGGCAAACAUUGAACAGAAAGAUAACCCAACUGAAUGAUGCCAUUGAUAAUGUUUCUUCACGUUUGAGACGUGGCAAUAACAAUGUACCUGCUGCAAAGAUGGCAAGUGAUCCUGAAGUGGAAGCUAACAUGUGAGGUGUCUACAAAUUGAUUUUGUUUUCAUUUUAAUGUCAAAUUGUCAAUGAUGACUGAAUGAUGGAUUACGAGGAACUAAAUAAAUAGUUAAAUACUACAUUUUCCUUUGAAGGAAAAUCUUGUUGCUGGACUUAAUAGAUUGUCAAAUUCUGAAUUGCGAACAUCAUAUAAGUGAAUUUUUUUUUUGUGGAUAA